UGGACGUACCUGGCACAGUCGAAUGGGGAAGGAACGCAAUGAUCACUACUGCGAAAAAGGAAAUCUCCCGCCUCCCAAGACGGCUGCUUUGAAGGUUGCAUGCUACAUUCUAUAUUAGGUGCUUCUUCUGCCCAAGUGAUAACGUAACCGUUUCAUGAGGGGGAAACCUGCUCCUGAUUUUCUAUCCAUGCAUGUUGGAUGUUGACGGGCUGUUUUGAUCCCUCCCACAGAUCUUGAACUCUUGCCCGUGAGAUGAGUUCAAGCUGCCUGCAGCAGCGAAGCAGGAAAAGCCAGUCACCGACUCACUUCCCCGGAAAAUCCCAUCUUUCAAUCCGGCCAAGCAAACCACUGUCUCCACCUGGAUCCAAGUCAAUGGGACUGGUCGAGACCCUACGUACCUGCAUGCCCCUCCAUCAUGACUUCGAUUCUAAGCCCUGAGGUUCUUCCUAAACCGAUUCGUUUCGUCAAUAACAAGGGACUACCACCCUCCAAACGGAGAAGGGUAAACGCGGCCUGCUAUACGUGCAGGAGGCGCAAGACGAGGUGCGAUGGCGCCCGUCCGACAUGUUCAACCUGCACAAAGAACGGUCAUUCGUGUCGGGGUUAUGGUGAUGCCCCAGACAGGAAGCGGGACACUGCACCCUCGUCUGGCGCGAGGCGGAAGUACUCAGUGGGCCCGAAGGAUUGCGGUGAUGAGGAUGAGGAUGAGGACGAGGACGAGGAAGACGGGAUCGCAGAAGGCUGCAACGCCCAACGGAUCAACCAAUCCGCCACUACAAGUACUCAGCAGUCUGGAUCCCCGCUUGUGGAUUCCUCGUCCAACAGAGAGCACGACGAGAGCAACAGAGUUCCCUACUUUAGGUAUUUUGGCCCGACCGCAAUCGUGCCCGGCUUCAAACAAAUGGUCGUCAAUGUGCCAAACCCCCGCAGAAGCAGAGGAGGCUCGCUCUCAGGAUCGUCCCCGACCGAGACCCGAUCCCAGGCCUCUCAUGGAAUACUGCACCAGGAGGAUCUUGCACCUGAGAACCCCGAGGAUCUGCCUAUUUACGAUCCCAACGACCCCGGGGCGACGGAUCCCACCAUAAUACGCCUGAUAGACACUUUCUUCACACACCUGGGCUGCAACUACCCCUUCCUACGCCGUGAAAAGUUCCUCAAGAUGGUCGGCGAGAAGAGGGUUGAACCGAUCCUGCUGGACGCCAUACUGGCCCUAGCUGCAAGGUUCCACAAGAAAAAGGACGACAGGGAGGCCAUGGGACAUUUCUAUGCACAGCGUGCAAAGAUGGCCACUGUGGAUCCAUUUCCUUGCCCGACUGUCGGUGCCGUUCAGGCCUAUCUUCUGCUGGCGUACGAAAGCUUCGGCCAGGACCAGGAUAGCGCUCUGUGGGCCUACCUCCAGCUUGCCAUUGGAAUGUCUAUUGAUAUAGGUCUGCCGAGGAAGGACGGAGUCAAGUAUCAAGGCGAGAAGGACCCUUGGUACACGCUCGCUUGUAUCCCAAAGUACGACGAAGCCGAGCAAGGACACGAUAAACGGGACAAUGGAGAAGGCACCCUCAGCCCAGAGGAACAGGCCGAGGUCGAACAGGAGCGAAUCAACACCUUUUGGGCGGUUUUUGUUCUGGACAGAGUCAUCUCCUCGGGCACUGGGCGGCCCGUUCGGUUCAAGGACGAAGAUUUCGAGAUACCUCUGCCAGAACCGUCCCUGAUCUCUGGCAAUGGCUGGCCUGCACCGUUCCCUGAUUUCAUAGGGAUCAUCCAUCUGUACGGCCGAGUAUCGGAUGUUUUGAACAAUGUUAGGAAUCCGAAGGAACUGGCAGGCGAAAGCAUCCAGGAGAACCUCAGCAGCCUUGUGCAGGAAUUGACGUUACUCCACCAGAGAUUGGACACUCGUCUCCAUUUCAAUGCUGUCAACUUUCAGGAGUACUCAAGGGCUGGCCAGGGCACGACAUUCAUAUUGCUUCAUCUUUGGUUUCACACCUUGAUCAUCAUCCUCCACCAGCCCGCCGUCAUUUUUGGAGCAGUCGGGCAGAUUGAUGAUCUCUUGCCAAAUGGUCGCGAGGUGGCCAUCUCAAGCGCAAGAUCGAUUGCAGAUAUUCUCUCUUUUGCUGAACUUAUCGACUCGAGAAGCGUCAUAGGAAACCCAUUCACGUCACAGCCCAUGUACAUAGCCGCCUGUGCAUUUUUGAUGCAGUCCGGUGCAGCGCAGUCGUCGGCACCGUCGCAGACCGACACUGGACCGGCUGGCCUGACAAAGGGCUUUUGUUUUGGGGCCAAGGAGAAGGAGGCGAAGCAGCCCAGCUCGCUGCUUGCCUUUGGGGCUAACCAGAACUAUCAACGGUGUUAUAAGAGUCUCCAACAGUUACAAUCCUAUUGGGGCGGCGUCAGAUAUAUACUCACGGCUUUGGACCAGAAGUCCAAGGGGAUUUGGGACUGCGAGACUUAUACGCUAGAGGAGUACGCCAUGACCAAGAAAAUUUCAGGAAGACGGUCAUCUUCGCUGGGCCGGCUCCCCCGUGAAUUCGAAAUUCCUUCGACUCCAAAUGUGCCGCCCAUGGUCGGCUUCUCUCUCACAGGCACAACCAACUCACCAAACUCGUCUCUCACCUGGGUUUAUCAGAACCAAGCCUACGCCGCAAUGAGCCUGCAAGGCCAGCAACACGUGCGACAUCGUCCUGGAUCUUCAGCUCACCAACGAGAGAUACCCACCGGGGCUGCAACGUCAACCGAGCCCGAGCCAAGCUAUGAUUCUGCAAGCCAGCCCCCCGUUGUACCUGCACCCCUCACACCUCCUCUGGGGAACAUGGCCUACGACCCUCUCCGCAACGAGCCCCCACAUGCCAUAUACACGUCCGCUUACCCACAAGCACCCGUCUCGGCAAUGCGAUUUUCGCCAGUGUCGGCAGCAAACGUCCCGCCCAAGCCCCGGUUACGGCAGAAGCGUAGGUCCAUGUCUUCAUUCAACAGCCCUAGGGCUGCCACAUCGGCCAAGGAGCCAUCUAGAUCUCGUCUUCCUAGUGGCGAUCCCGUCAACGACCGUCAUCUUCAUCUGAAUCUUCAUCGCCAGCUCGAUUCCAGCCCCGAGGGUACAUCACAAACCUCUCCGACGAGCAACAUCACAGGAAACAACAUAUACACGGCACCGGCGCGCUCAUCAGUGGCCGGCUACGAGCCAUCGUUGAUGACAAGCGGCGGCAGGUCUUCAUCGGCGACGCCAUCGGGCCCUGCUGACCAGCAGCCUGCCAAGUUUGAGCACCCGCAGCCGGGAGAGUACUCAUCGCCCAUUGUGCAGACCGCCGGCAUCGUCACGCCGAACGGUGGAUACUACCCUCAGCUUAGCGACCUCACCUUUGACAGCCGUGAGAUCACAUGGGGCCAAGACCCGACCGAGGCCAUGGCACCGUGGUUGGUAGAGUACUUUUCGACCAACGACAUCAUUGGUCUUUUACACGCGAGCGGUGGCGGCGAAGAGAACAACGGGGGCUAAGCAUGUGGCAUGGUAAUCAAUCCAAAUUGAGUGUCGAAGUACGACUGUUAUCUUGAUAAUUUGUUCUCUAUGCUUGGUGUUUCUGUUUUCUUUUCCAGAUGGAUAGUGGCUAGUUUUGAUUCGAUACCCCUCAACUUGUAAACUCUUUUUUUCCCCCUUUAUUCGCGGAUGGCUGUGCCAUUGUACGAUAAACUUUACUAUUUGCAUCUGGGUAUAAAUAGACCGAGACUAGAUAUAAGCACCCCGGUAUAGAAAUGCAGCUACUGCAGUCAUUGAUGUGAUAG